AUGAAGAUAAUUAUAUAUUUUUGCAUUUUGACAGUAGCAUGGGCCAUUCCAGUUCCUCAAAUCAAGCCAUUGGAGAGACAUGCUGUUGACAAAUCUGUGAAUUUAAAUCUUCUAGCAAAAUUGAAAGUGCCAAUACAGGAUGAGUUAAAUGCCAAUGAUACCACCAAAGAAAGUGGUGUCCUCCUGCAUGAAAAUGAAAGAGAAAGGCAACAGUACACCAAAGAUGGUUACAAAGGAGAGGGAAAUGGUUCUGAGUGGGCAGAAGUGGGAGAGAAAAGUUCUUCUACACGUUCCACGUUAGCAAAUGAAGAGGGGAAUACUGAGGAUCUGAAUGGGGGCACAGGAAACCCAGAAACGUAUGGUCACGAUGGAAUCCAUCAAGAAGACAGCACCACAGCAAAUGGCAUCGGGGGUCAAGUAAGCAUCAUCGACAGGGCUGGAACAGCAAAUGGGAGCAAUAUUAGUGGGAUUACUGAGAACAAUUCCAAAAAUGGGGGUGUUGGAAAUGCAAGUCGGAGUGAAGAUGCCACUGUCGUCCAAGAAGGUGGACAUCAAGUAGCUGGAAGCAAUAAAGGUACAGGUCGUGAGGGUGAGAUAAGGGGGAAUUUCUGUAGAAAUGGGGGUGAUACACAUGAGAAGACACCUCAGAGAGAAGGCGAGAGCAACGGGAAUGAGGAGAUAGGGGUAACACCAGAGGGAAGUGGAGAGAGCAAUAGAGAAGAUGUUGCCUUGGAGAAUUCUGAUGGAAGUCCUAGUGGGAAUGGAGCAGACGAAAAUGAAGACAAGGGCUCUGGUGAUGAUGAAAAAACAAGGAACGGAGGAAAAGGCCCUGAUAACAGCAAGCCUCAAGAGGGUCAGCCUCACGAAACAGAAGAUGACGGUGACAGUAGCUUAGGUCAAAAUUCAAUUAGUAGUGAAGGUGAUGACCCCGAGGACAAAGCUGACACCCAUGCCAUUGGUGGGGACAACACCUCCAAGAGGGAGGGAGAUUUUGACAGCAUUUCAGGAGACAAUGGUAGCCAAAAAAUAGAGGACACUCAAAAACCCAAUCGCAGAGAAAGCAAAGCUGUGGAAAAUGGAAUCACUGAAAACUUAGAGCCACCUGCUCCUGGGAAGAGCCAAGUUAAGGGAAUAGAAAUGGAAAGUCCCAGCAGUGGCAACAGAAACAAUAUUACCAAAGAAGCUGGGAAAAUGAAUGAAGAUAAAGAGAGUAAAGGCCAACAUGGAAUGAUUGUGGGCAAAGGAAAUGUCAAGACACAAGAAGAGGUUGACGACAUGCAAGGACCUGGCCAGAAAUUAGAACCUCGAAAUAAGUUUGGACCCAGCAAAACAUGCGGAGACAGUAACAGUGACGGCUAUGGCAGUUAUGAGUUUGAUGAUGAAUCCGUGCAAGGAGAUGAUGCCAACAGCAGUGGCGAGUCUCACGGCAGUGACGGUGCCAGUUCUGAAGGUGACAACAGCCACAGCAGCCUAGGAGAUGCUCCUUAUAACUCUGAGGAAUCAAGCGACAAUGGCAGUGACAGUGACUCAGGAGGAGGAGGAGAUGAUCGUGAUAACACGUCAGAUGCUAAGAACAGUGGCAGUGACGGCCAUGGUGACAAUGGGAGUGAUAAGAAUGAAAAAUCAGGCAGCACCCAAGAUAAAUCAGAGAGCAGUGACAGCAGUGAUAGCAGUGACAGCAAAUCAGACAGGAGUGACAGCAGUGACAGCACUGAUAGCAGUGACAGCAGUGACAGCAGUGACAGCAGUGAUAGCAGUGACAGCAGUGACAGCAAGUCAGACAGCAGUGACAGCAAGUCAGACAGCAGUGACAGCAGUGACAGCAGUGACAGCAGUGACAGUGACAGCAGUGAUAGCAGUGAUAGCAGUGACAGUGAUAGCAGUGACAGCAGUGAUAGCAGUGACAGCAGUGACAGUGACAGCAGUGACAGCAGUGAUAGCAGUGACAGCAGUGACAGCAAGUCAGACAGCAGUGAUAGCAGUGACAGCAGUGACAGCAGUGAUAGCAGUGACAGUGAUAGCAGUGACAGCAGUGACAGCAGUGACAGCAGUGAUAGCAGUGACAGUGAUAGCAGUGACAGCAGUGACAGCAAGUCAGACAGCAGUGAUAGCAGUGACAGCAGUGACAGCAGUGAUAGCAGUGACAGUGACAGCAGUGACAGCAAGUCAGACAGCAGUGACAGCAGUGACAGCAGUGACAGCAGUGACAGCAGUGAUAGCAGUGACAGUGAUAGCAGUGACAGCAGUGACAGCAGUGAUAGCAGUGACAGCAGUGACAGUAGUGACAGCAGUGACAGUGCAUCUGACAGUGGUGAUGAGAGUGACAGCAAGAGCAAGUCUGGUAACGGCAGCAACAAUGGAGGUGGCCGUGACAGUGACAGUGACAGUGAAGGCAGUGACAGUGAUCACUCAACCAGUGACGAUUAGAGCUAAAGAAAACGCCACACGAUUCCUUUUGUGAACAAUCCGGUGAGUAAUUGAUAGAAACUAAAGAUUUCCAAGAAAGUAAGGAAAGGGGAGAAAUAAAAGAGAAGACAUAUGCAAACAUCUACAGAAACAAUAAGAAAAUAGUCAAAUUGUCAGAUUCAGAA